GAGCCUGCUGGGAGAGGAGCCGCGCACGGGUGUCAGCUGCUGCUGCAGCUCCGUGCCACCGUCCCCAUCCCCGGGGCUGCGCCAGCCUUCUCCACUAGGCUCUCCCCGCUCGCUCCCGCCCGCUGUUUGGCCAUUCGGCUUUUGUCUCCUCUGGACGCCUCCUCCCCUGCCUUGUGUGCUGGCACACAAAUGCUGUCCUUGCUCCAGCUCUCCCUGUACCCAGAGCUGGGAGAGCUCCGGGGAGCCUGGGCCUGCAGGAUUGCUGUGCAGAUCCACCAUGGCCUCUGACACGAAGAACUGUGGACCAGCUGAGGCUUUGACGUUGCUGCCCAGGGCUUGACAGGACACUGGGGCCACGGAAGAGGGGACACGCUGCCGUUCCCAGUGACCUGACUGCAGAAGAGCGACAAGAACUGGAGAACAUCCGGCGGAGGAAGCAGGAGCUGCUGGCGGACAUUCAGAGGCUGAAGGACGAGAUAGCAGAAGUCGCUAAUGAAAUUGAAAGCCUGGGAUCCACAGAGGAAAGGAAAAACAUGCAGAGGAACAAACAGGUAGCCAUGGGCAGGAAGAAAUUCAACAUGGACCCUAAAAAGGGGAUCCAGUUCUUGAUAGAGAACGACCUGCUCAAGAACACUUGUGAAGACAUUGCCCAGUUCUUAUACAAAGGGGAGGGGCUCAACAAGACAGCCAUUGGGGACUACCUUGGGGAGAGAGAUGAGUUCAGCAUCCAGGUCCUGCAUGCCUUUGUAGAGCUGCACGAGUUCACCGACCUGAACCUCGUCCAGGCCUUGAGGCAGUUCCUGUGGAGUUUCCGGCUGCCUGGAGAGGCCCAGAAGAUCGACCGGAUGAUGGAGGCCUUUGCUCAGCGGUACUGCCAGUGCAAUAACGGGGUGUUCCAGUCCACAGACACUUGCUACGUCCUCUCCUUUGCCAUCAUAAUGCUGAAUACCAGCCUGCACAACCCCAACGUCAAGGACAAGCCUACGGUGGAGAGGUUCAUCGCCAUGAACCGAGGCAUCAACGAUGGUGGAGACCUGCCCGAGGAGCUGCUCCGGAAUCUCUACGAAAGCAUAAAAAACGAGCCCUUUAAAAUCCCAGAAGAUGAUGGGAACGACCUCACUCACACUUUCUUCAAUCCGGACCGAGAAGGCUGGCUGCUGAAACUCGGAGGUGGCAGGGUGAAGACCUGGAAGAGACGCUGGUUCAUUCUGACUGACAACUGCCUUUACUACUUUGAGUACACCACGGAUAAAGAGCCCCGUGGGAUCAUCCCCUUAGAAAAUCUGAGUAUCCGAGAAGUGGAAGACUCCAAAAAGCCGAACUGCUUCGAGCUUUACAUCCCUGACAACAAAGACCAGGUGAUUAAGGCCUGUAAGACCGAGGCCGACGGGCGAGUGGUGGAGGGAAACCACACGGUGUACCGCAUCUCCGCCCCCACCCCUGAGGAGAAGGACGAGUGGAUCAAGUGCAUCAAAGCUGCCAUCAGCAGAGACCCCUUCUACGAGAUGCUUGCAGCACGGAAAAAGAAGGUCUCCUCCACAAAGAGACACUGAGGGCGCGCCAGGGCACGGGCAGCCCAUGAGGCUGUGGCCCUUCCUCCCGCCUCCCCUGGAGGGGCGCUGUGAGCGCGCAGAGAGCAGAGGGCUCUUCUGCCAGCUCCUGCCGCUCCCAGAGACUGGCUUCAGCUUCUGCAAUCUUCUGAGUGGGAGAAGGGCGGACAGUGAUGGCCGGGGCCGGAGAUGCUGCUGCCACUCACGGCUCGGGAGCCGCUCUCGGCACCCUCCGCUGCUAGCGGCAGAGCAGGGCCGCAGCCACACGGCUCCGCUGAGCAGGGCCGAUGGCACCGCAGAGAGCUCUUUACCUCACAGUGUUCCUGCCCGGGGGCCUUCAGCUCUGCCCCACAAACGCCUGUGAGGAUGUACUCUUGUGUACUAAGGAGAGGGGGGAAGGAGAGAAGCCACGCACUAUAAAGAUUUAUUUUUGUUUUUGUAAAGCAAAAGUGAAAGUAGCACUGUACCCCUACCCUGCUGUGCCCUGCUCGGGAAGCUUCCCCUAGAAAGGGGCUCUGGGGCUGCAGGCACCCCAAGAGCUGCCGCCUCGUGACCUGUGUGGGCUGCUGGCAGGGCCGAGCAGACACAGGGAGGCCUCCAGGGCCCCAGCAGGCAGCAGGCAGGCAGCGUGGGCAGCCCCGCCCGGUGCCUAUGGGAUGGGUGAAGGUGGACAGCUAAGCUCCUUGCCCGGCCCUCGGCGCCCAGGCCCCACUGCGCUUUAAAGCGGAGAGUCCGUGUUUUCCUAAUAACCAAAACUGUGAGGAGGUCACCCCAUGGUGCCGGGUGGCCGACUGUUUCAUAGCUGGUCUUUCUUUGUCCUCCCCAAGAACUCCUCCACUCCUCGUUCUAGAGGAAGGAGUAGGUUUUACCUGAUCCCCUUGGCGCUUCAGCCUUUUCUGCCUCAGAACUAUCCCCAACUGGACUAUUGUGGUGCACUCUGUGGUAGCCUCCAGGAGCAGGGGCCUUGCUCAGCAGGGCGCAGAGCAGCCGAGGGAGGGUGAGGUGGUCUUGGUGUCCCCGCCCUCUGUGGCGGCCUGGUCUCCUGACUCAGCGUGAAGGGAGCCAUGAAGCCCAGCAUCUGCCGUUCUCUCAGGGACUCUCAAGGGCAGCUCCUGCUCCUUGGCCGGGGCCAGUCCAGGCAGAGCAGGUGGCAGGUGGUGUCUUGGCACACUCCCCCACGCGUCCAAGGCCUGGGUGGCAGAGUGCUGCCUCCAGGCGGGUGGAGGAGCCGUGGGCUCCCCGCUGCUGGCUGGGCUCCUCAGAAGGAGGUCAGCACCUCUGGAAACAGCUUUGCCGAGAAGGGUGAGUGUGAGGGCAGCACUCUGCCCCCGUCCUGUGGAUCCGGCCUCAAGUGGCUUCAGGUGCUCCAUGCCAGAGUGUGUGCAGGUGACAGUGACGGACGGAAGAGGGGUCCAGGCCGGAAACCUGAACCUCCUGGUAGAGAACCAGGCAGCGCUGGCCCAGGGUUCUCACAGGUGUGCCCUGGGCAGACCAGCGUCUGGCUCAGAGCCAGUCUAUUUAUCAGAGGUGUAAAUAAUCCAGUCUCCUCCUUUUAGAUUAUUUUGUAUUUGUUUUAAAAAGGAUUUGUCAAAAUACAAAGAAAUGGCUGAAAGUUGUUGACAGGGUUUUUUAAAAAUAUUAUUAUUGUUAUUAUUAUUCCAAUUGUUUUUUGUUUGUUUUUGCCUUGUAAACUAGCUCCAAGGAACUGCAGCAAAUAAACUCCAAAUCUGCCCAAACCA